AUGGCUCCCGCCGUCGGUAUCGACUUGGGCACGACCUACUCGUGCGUCGGUGUCUUCCGUGAGGAUCGCUGCGAAAUCAUCGCCAAUGACCAGGGUAACCGGACGACCCCGUCAUUUGUUGCUUUCACAGACACCGAGCGUCUCAUCGGAGAUGCCGCCAAGAACCAGGUCGCCAUGAACCCCCACAACACCGUCUUCGACGCCAAGCGCUUGAUUGGCCGCAAGUUUGCCGAUGCUGAGGUUCAGGCCGACAUGAAGCACUUCCCCUUCAAGGUUAUCGACCGGGGUGGCAAGCCCGUCAUCGAGGUCGAGUUCAAGGGCGAGAAGAAGGUCUUCACUCCUGAGGAGAUCUCCUCCAUGGUCUUGACGAAGAUGCGCGAGACCGCUGAGUCCUACCUUGGUGGCACCGUCAACAACGCCGUCAUCACGGUCCCUGCCUACUUCAACGACUCUCAGCGUCAGGCCACCAAGGAUGCCGGUCUCAUUGCCGGUCUCAACGUCCUCCGUAUUAUCAACGAGCCCACUGCGGCCGCCAUUGCCUACGGUCUCGACAAGAAGGUUGAGGGCGAGCGCAACGUCCUGAUCUUCGACCUGGGCGGUGGUACCUUCGAUGUGUCGCUCCUGACCAUUGAGGAGGGUAUUUUCGAGGUCAAGUCCACUGCCGGUGACACUCACCUGGGUGGUGAGGACUUCGACAACCGUCUCGUCAACCACUUUGUUAAUGAAUUCAAAAGGAAACAUAAGAAGGAUCUCUCCACCAACGCCCGUGCUCUGCGCCGCCUGCGCACUGCUUGCGAGCGUGCCAAGCGCACUCUCUCCUCGUCAGCUCAGACCUCGAUCGAGAUCGACUCUCUCUUCGAGGGCAUCGACUUCUACACCUCGAUCACUCGUGCCCGCUUCGAGGAGCUGUGCCAGGAUCUUUUCCGCUCCACUCUCCAACCUGUGGACCGCGUCCUGACGGAUGCCAAGAUCGACAAGUCCCAGGUCCACGAAAUCGUUCUUGUCGGUGGCUCGACCCGUAUCCCCCGCAUCCAGAAGCUCAUCACGGACUACUUCAACGGCAAGGAGCCCAACAAGUCCAUCAACCCUGAUGAGGCUGUUGCCUAUGGUGCUGCUGUCCAGGCCGCCAUUCUGUCUGGCGACACCUCGUCGAAGUCGACCAACGAGAUCCUCCUUCUCGACGUCGCUCCUCUGUCGCUCGGUAUUGAGACCGCUGGUGGCAUGAUGACCAAGCUCAUUCCCCGCAACACCACGAUUCCCACCAAGAAGUCCGAAGUCUUUUCGACCUUCUCGGACAACCAACCCGGUGUGCUCAUCCAGGUCUACGAGGGUGAACGUCAGCGCACCAAGGACAACAACUUGCUCGGCAAGUUUGAGCUCACUGGCAUCCCGCCCGCUCCUCGUGGUGUUCCCCAGAUCGAGGUCACCUUCGAUCUUGAUGCCAACGGCAUCAUGAACGUCUCGGCCCUCGAGAAGGGCACUGGCAAGACCAACCACAUUGUCAUUACCAAUGACAAGGGUCGUCUGUCCAAGGAGGAGAUUGAGCGUAUGCUUGCUGAGGCCGAGAAGUUCAAGGAGGAGGACGAGGCUGAGGCCGCCCGUGUUUCUGCCAAGAACGGUCUUGAGUCGUAUGCCUACUCCCUACGCAACACCCUGAGCGACUCCAAGGUCGACGAGAAGCUCGACCAGGCGGACAAAGACUCGCUCAAGUCCGAGAUCGACAAGAUUGUUUCUUGGCUCGACGAGAACCAGCAGGCCACUCGCGAGGAGUACGAGGAGCGCCAGAAGGAGCUUGAGGCUGUCGCCAACCCCAUCAUGAUGAAGUUCUACGGUGCUGGCGGCGCGCCCGGUGGCAUGCCCGGCGGCAUGCCCGGCGGUGCUCCUGGCGGCUUCCCCGGUGCGGGUGCCUCCAAUGACAACGAUGGCCCGACCGUUGAGGAGGUCGACUAA